AUGGCUUCGGUCGACCAGAAAGUUGCUUUGAUUGUCAUUGAUGGCUGGGGUAUCGCGGGCCCCAACUCCCCACCUCAGGGUGAUGCCAUCGCCGCCGCCGAGACCCCGUUCAUGUCUGGCUUCUCCGAGCCCAACUCCAAGACCGCCCAGGGCUUCUCCGAGCUGGAUGCCUCGUCUCUUGCUGUCGGUCUGCCCGAGGGCCUGAUGGGCAACAGUGAGGUCGGUCACCUGAACAUUGGUGCCGGCCGUGUUGUCUGGCAGGACAGUGUUCGCAUUGACCAGACCCUCAAGAAGGGUGAGAUGGGCAAGGUUCCCAACAUUGCCAAGGCCUUCACUCGUGCGAAGGAGGGCAAUGGGCGUCUGCACCUGUGCGGUCUGGUCUCGGACGGUGGUGUUCACUCCAACAUCACUCACCUUUUCUCCCUGCUCGAGGUCGCCAAGGAAAUGCAGAUUCCCCAGGUUUUCAUCCACUUCUUCGGUGAUGGACGUGAUACCGACCCCAAGAGUGCCGACAAGUACAUGCAGCAGCUUCUUGAAAAGACCCAGGAGCUCGGCACUGGUGCUAUCGCCACCGUUGUUGGCCGCUACUACAUCAUGGACCGCGACAAGCGCUGGGAGCGUGUUGAGGUUGGCCUGAAGGGUCUGGUCACUGGUGAGGGUGAGGACAGCGAGGAUCCUCUGAAGACCAUCAAGGAGCGCUACGAGAAGGGCGAGAACGACGAGUUCCUGAAGCCCAUCAUUGUUGGUGGCAAGGAGCGCCGUGUCCAGGACGACGACACCGUCUUCUUCUUCAACUACCGUUCGGAUCGUGUCCGUGAGAUCACUCAGCUCCUGGGUGACUACGACCGCUCCCCUCGCCCCGACUUCCCCUACCCCAAGAACAUCUCCCUCACCACUAUGACCCAGUACAAGACCGACUACACUUUUGAUUGGCUCGGCAAGAAGAACCUCCAGCAGUGUCACAUUGCUGAGACUGAGAAGUACGCUCAUGUCACUUUCUUCUUCAACGGUGGCGUUGAGAAGCAGUUCCCAGGUGAGGUUCGCGACAUGAUCCCCUCGCCCCGGGUUGCUACCUAUGAUCUUGACCCUAAGAUGAGCGCCGCUGCCGUCGGUACCAAGAUGGCUGAGCGCCUUGGCGAGAAGAAGUUUGACUUCGUCAUGAACAACUUCGCUCCUCCUGACAUGGUUGGCCACACCGGUGUGUACGAGGCCGCCAUCCAGGGUGUUGCUGCCACCGACAAGGCCAUCGGUGAGAUCUACGAGGCCUGCAAGAAGAACAACUACGUUCUCUUCAUCACCGCCGAUCACGGAAACGCCGAGGAGAUGCUCAACGAGAAGGGCACCCCCAAGACCUCCCACACUCUCAACAAGGUUCCCUUCGUUAUGGCCAACGCCCCUGAGAGCUGGAGCCUGAAGAAGGGCGGUGUUCUGGGCGAUGUUGCCCCCACCGUUCUCGCUGCGAUGGGCAUUGAACAGCCCGAGGAGAUGUCUGGCGAGAACCUGCUGGUCAAGUCCUAG